UGCGAGUUUUUUGGGUAAUUUUCAUUUGUCGGUUUUUUCACGAGGAUUUGUCGAUUUACAAAUACAUAGUUCAGACAGUAAGUGUGAUGUCAUAAUAGACUGAUGGAUGAACUGGCGCUUAAUGGAGUGAUGCACAAAAUGUGUUUAUGUAGCAAUUGCGCUGCCUGCACACAUGACUGCAGCACAAAAUAUAAAAAAACAGCUGAACUGAAACGGGAGGGCUGUAUAUAGCCUGCGGCAGAGCGAUGUUCUGAAAUCUUGUUGGCGAGUUUGUCAUAUCUAUCAACAGCCUUUCUAAACAUGAUGCUUGGGGCAGUUCUCCUUGUUUGCCUAUGUUUCCUGGCUGUUUCGGACUCUAAACCGGCCAGGGCAGUUCCAUUCAAGACCGAUGCUGUUAAAUCGACUUACUAUUCACCUGACGACGGACUAAUGAAGAUUAUCAGUCUUGGGAACGGAAGAACAAAACGUGCAGUAGACAACAAAAUUACAGAUCUCGACGAAAUACAAAUACUCAAAAGGCUCCAUGAACUGAGGGAGCUAACCAAAAGAAGACGUAGGCGUCACCGUUGUCGGACAUCAUCGUGCAAAUCUGACAAUGCUGUUUAGUUAUGAUCACUGUCAGUAGCAGCCAGUACACUGCCGCCUGAUUUAUCAGAGUUUUGAGAAAAUCUCGAAUCUUGAUGCUAGACUGUUGUUGGAAGACGGAUGGUAUCGCCUUUAUCUGAAGGAAUGCAAAAUUCACCGAAAAUAUAUAAGCAACUAAAAAAGAAACACAAUUUUAAUUACAAUUGUUGAAAUAUCUAUGUAAGAUCAAAUGUUAAAGAAUAUAUACAAAAAGAUAUAUACUUUCUUAUCUGAACUGUCGUUAUUACGUUUUUACCCAUAUGUAUAUAUAAACAUGUAAGAGGCGACUAAGUGGAACCCCCUACUGUGACUUAGAUCCAUCGCAGUAUUGAGAGGCGACUAAUGAUACAUUCCGUAGCAGAUUGGAGAUUUUUCACAUUUACCGGGCCAGAUUUCCAA